AUGGAGGCCAUCGAACUACAGCACAGUCUGAAGCGGUCUGGAAGGGGCUGGGGAACAGAGAGGGGGGAGCUUCUGGACAGCUUCGACUCAGAGAUGCAGGAAUGGGAGGACCAGCUGCAGGACAUGCAGAGGAAGAUAGAGGAGCUUUACAACGAGGUGCAGGCUCGUAGAGGUGGAAAUUAUGUCACCAUGGACAACAGCAAAAAUGAUAGGAUGAUUGAUUUCGGCCGUGGGCAUCAUGACAACGGAUUCUGUGACCCGUAUGGCAGCCACAUCAACACCACCAAGGACCACCCCAGUGCUGUAGACGGUUUUAAUCACAGCCCCAACGGUUACGGCUACCCCGUCAACCAUCAGAAUGGCGGCUAUGGUUAUCCCCAUAGCAACAGUGAGGUGGAACUUGGAGACUUGUUGCAGGAUUAUCUUGGUCACGGAAAGACCCGGAAGACCAACUCAGCUGUCAACAAUAUAACCCUUGUCCCACUUCUCUCUCAGCAUCUAAAGGAGAUCACUAAAGGGAGCCAGGAUCAGUCUGUACACCAGGAUGAGAUGAAGAGGAGGCCUGUUGGGAAUGAAAGGAUUAGUAAGGUGCGGUUUGCGGACGAGGAGGCUGAGAACAGGAAGAACAGGGUGUCACACAGAAAGAGUUCCCCUUGCAGGGACCUUAACAAGGAGAACACAGGGGCCAAUCCCCUCCUCAGACAGAGAGAAGGUCCUCCCAUACCCCCUCGAUCCACGUCCCAGAUGGCCCCUCCCAACACCUUCUCCCCAGCCCUGGACAGGAAGUCCAAUGCCCCUGGGGUCCUUGUGGACAGGAAGUGUGGUAGCCCCUCGGUCCUCAGGAAGUUUGGAGCCAUGCACCAGGAAAACGAGGGCAAAACCCUCACUGAUACCGGUGUGGUGACCAACCAGGUGCCUACCGAGAACAAGGGCCCCACCGCCAUCUGUCAGCACAAAGGGCUGGGCGGCAGCAGGACGACUGGGCGCGUGCCUGUCCAGAAGUGCCAAGCAGAUUCCGUCGUGCAGACAGCGAGGAUGGACUGCAGCCAAAAACAAGGGGCAGUGAGAGACUUUAGGAGAGAGAGCCAGCUGGGUGAGGGUAGAGGCACCGCAAUGGCUAGCUAUGCUCACCCUAAAGGACUCCAUGCAGGGGGUCAGAGGAGGACCCAGGUGGGAGGCAGCCCCAAGCCCAAAGCAAGGGCUCUCGGAAGGGCAGACAGAGACAUGGGUCUGGUCCAGGGGGAGAGGGCCAGGAGGCCUGCACCCCAGCCUGGGGAACCCAGAGUGGACUACAGGAACCUGAGUGGAUCCUAUGUUGGGGCUCAGAUGAUCCAGAGGGGAGGGCCAGUUGCAGGUCAGAAGAAGGACAAUGGACUCAUUGAGCUACUGGAUAUGCUGGACAUUGAGCACGAGUACAGCUCCUGCCCCCAAGCCGCACAGACUGCCUACAGACAGGACACACAGCAGAUGAGCCUAGCCGAAUCAUUCCCAGCAACCCCCACAAGGAACUUCUCUCGUCCUGCUCGUCCAGCUAAUCAACGUCCUCCAUCCAGGUGGGCUUGCUGUGCCCCCACCGCCUUGAUCUCUGCCCCGUCCGGCCCAAUUUCCCACCCCCCAAGCACCUUGGCACGCACUCCUAGCCCGAUAGCAAGAACCCCAAGCCCCGCCCUGAAGCAGCAAUCUUUCUGCUCCUAUUUGCUCCACACUGAGACUGCCAUCAUGUGAGAGAGACCUGCCCCGCCCCCCUCUAAACCCUGCCUCCCCUCCCCCAAUUCAACCCACAGGACUCAGGUGACAUAGUCCUGCCGUCUCUGUAAAUACUAAAGACUGUUACUUCUAUCUGGCUUUAAAAAAGUGCUUUAAGAGAUGUUCUAUGAGAUUACCCACAUGACUGUGUAUGUGUGGUCUAUAAGAAACAGAAUGGUUGACUCCUGUUCAGUCUCCAGUGUUACUGUGGCCUUCCCUUCUCCUGUGCCAAACUUCUUUACGUCUUCAUUUCUUUCACUCUCUCACUCCCUUUCUUUCUUUUGUAUUGGUGAUUUUUGGAUGGCUGUGUAAAAUGUGAUAUAGCAUGCCCCCCUUUACUUGCGGGUGCAUGUCCCUUUAUUUAUGUAACUCAACCCUAAUAAGUGCCAUGUUGGCUUGUUUUUAAAAUGGCCAACAAGUCAAGUCAGAGUUGAUCCUGUCCUGUCAGCACAGCAGCAACAUGCUAACUGUCUAUAGUAUGUUUUACUGUAUCAUAUUAUCAAAGUAACACAUUUGAAAAUGUUCAAGUAACCAUAGUGAGACAUACAGUUAUGACUGUGAUGCUUUUCAUGUCCUUUUUUCUCUCUUGAUAAGAAAUAAACACGACAGUGCUUUGA